AUGGAGUACCGGGGCUCACAAAACGCAGGAGGAGUUUGGAGCCACAAGGGCUGGCAUUGUUGCGGCACUGGCAGCACAUUUGCAAAUGUGAGCUGCAUUCCAAAUGAAAACAAGGCACUUCUCGAGUUCAGGGAUAGUCUUAUUGAUCAUUUAAACUGGGUGUUGUCGUGGAUAGGAGAAGACCGCUGUCCCUGGAAAGGAGUGGUUUGCAGCAGGACUAGCGGUCAUGUUAUCAAGCUUGAUCUUCGAAAUCAGUUUCAGCUAGAUGAGCUAGGCAUUCCCUAUUUCGAUUUCUAUCCUGGAAAUUAUAGCAACGUUUUCUUGAAAGGUGAUAUAAAUCCUUCCCUUCUUGAUUUGAAGCAUUUGGAAUAUCUAGACCUGAGCAUGAACGAUUUCUCUUCGAGCUCCAAAAUUCCAGGAUUUAUAUGGUCCUUGAUAAAAUUGAAAUAUCUAAACCUUUCCUCUGCGGGUUUCCUAGCAAAGGUUCCCGUUCAUCUUGGAAACCCUUCAAGCCUGCAGUAUCUUGAUCUUGGCACUUCUUCAGCUUUCUAUGCUCCUUCGAAUUUCUUGACUUCUGACAACCUCCAAUGGACAUAUACUCUUUCUUCCUUGAAAUACCUGGACUUGUCUGGAGCGAACCUUCCAAAAGACAACAAUUGGUUGCAUUCCAUAAAUAUGCUCCCUUCUCUACUAGAAUUACAUUUAUCCCGUUGUCAACUUUCAGUAGCAUUCAACAUCUUGAUCUUAGUUAAAAUGCUUUUCACGGUUCCAUUCCUAGCGAUUAGCAGUUGUAAAUUCCUUGAAGUGCUUGACCUACAAGAGAAUAAUCUUGAGGCUGAAAUACAAAAUACGCUGACAAAUCUGUGUACCCCAUCUGGAUGGGCUCAUGAUAGUUUGAAGAUAUUGAAACUUGGAUCAGAUUGGUUCUCUGGCUAUUUGCCAGUUCAACUUGGACAUAUUCCAAAAAGUUUUGGGCAGCUCUCAAAUCUGGAAGUUCUAAAUGUCUCCGACAACAAAUUGGGGGGCAUGGUGUCUGAACUUCACUUUGCAAACUUAAGGCAUCUAACAGGGACUGAUAUUGUCUUCAAAUUCUUUUGUUAUAGAUUUCGCCCAACAUGGGUGCCUCCAUUUCAGCUUCAAGGUGAAAAGUUUUCUCUGGAAAUACUAAGCAUUCAUUCUAACGAGUUUGAUGGCGAAAUUCCUCUAGAGUUUUGCCACCUUUCUCAACUUCGAGUGCUGAACUUGGCGCAAUGUAGGAUUGCUGCAACUCUUCUUCGUUGUUUUAGCAACUUUUCUGUUAUGAUUGGAGAGGCAAGGAAAUGUGAACACUGGCUUUAUGCAGGAAAGUAUGACGAGAAUGUUUUGGUUUCGUGGAAAGGGAGGGAGCUUGAAUAUACCAAGACACUUGAAUUUCUAUUUUCAGUCGACAUUUCCAGCAAAAAUCUAUUUUGA